AUGACAAACCGCCGCCCCUCCAUUGCUCCCGUGGUAUCUACCUACGAGAAUACCAUUCAGAAGAACCGCCAGUGCGGUUAUGACAAGGAUAUCUUGGGCAACAAGAGCACGAGUCCAUCCCGUUUUAACCCAGAUCGACGAGCCUCAGAUACCAUCUAUCAUCUUCAUCUCCGGCAACAAAAGCAGCAAGAAGAUGAUGACCAGAUUCUCAAGACACCGGCACUGCGACGCAUGACUCUGGUGGAUGCCAUGAGUCCCUUUCGCAGGGGUAGCAUGGCUGAGGAGUCACCAUCCUGGAUUCAGUUGAAGCAGCAACGGGACGAAUCCUUUGAAGAAAUACCCUUGGACGACGAGGUAUCCGGACAAUACCCCAAAGUGUUAUCUUGCCGAGGCAAUCGACGGGUGAGCUUUGGACCCGUAGAGAUUCGGGAGUUUUCCACCAAAGAAGAUGAAAACGAACCACCAUCAGCAAUC